CUUUGAUACAGAAUACGCUUCGAACCUUCUCGAGCCCGUCGGAACUGUAACUCAGUAUUAUUCUGGCGCCGAUGACUCUCCGGUCAGUUCAAUCCCGCAGUAAGCGGAAACCGAUUGAUGUAUUCGAUUACUCUGACGAGGAUGACCGUGUUGAAGAAACUCCUUCGCAAAUUCGAUUCCCCAGUUACUAAGAAAACCUCCUGCGCCAUCGAUAAGUAUGAUUUCCUUCGAUGCUUUGCGAAGGAUACCCAAAGGGAGAGUAAAGUAUUGCAACACAUAGUUAUUGAUGUUGAAGUCCCAGUAAAUGAAGAACCGUCAAGAUGUGAACUCAGCGGAGAUGGAAAUAGUGACCUGGUUGAUGUUAUCUCCCAUGGAAGGAUUGGUAUCGAUUCAUCAACGUCAUCAUCUUUGACGGAAAAUGAUGAAGUUUCAACUGGAGAAGCCACAAAUCCUGCUUCUGAUCCACAUGAAGUUGAACCCGAGAAUGCAUUCAGGUGUAAACUACACAAAGCAAAAGCCCAGAAAGAGUGCAAACCGAUGGCAGCCACAACAAUUUCGCCGGCGAUUAGGAAACAAAUGAGCAGCGUUGCCGUCGCAAUGAAGGUCGCCGUAAUCGGCAGCGGAAUUUCUGGAGCCGUGUGUGCAUCGACUCUGGCAAGGAAUGGCGUCUCCGUCACUAUCUUCGACUCGGGUCGUGGACCUGGUGGACGCAUGUCUCAAAGAAGAGAGAUUGGAGAAGAUGGGAAGGAGUUGAUGUUCGACCAUGGAGCUCCAUUUUUCUGUGUGAGCAACUCUGAUGCCAUGGCUCUUGUUCAUGAGUGGGAAUCCAGAGGUUUUGUUUCUGAAUGGAAACAAGUUUUUGGGAGUUUUGAUUGUGCCUCCAACAAGUUUCUUGGCAUCCAACAGGAAGGGGAUGCAAAGAAGUAUGUGGGUGUUCCGGGCAUGAACUCUAUAUCUAAGGCCUUGUGUAAUGAGUCUGGUGUUAAGAGUAUGUUUGGAACUGGUAUUGCCAAGAUGGAAUGGUUGGAAGAAGAGAUACCAUGGUUGUUGACAGAUUCAAAAGGAGAAAAUUUGGGUCGUUUCGAUGGAGUGGUUGCAUCAGAUAAAAACAUUGUUUCUCCAAGGUUUACUCAAGUAACUGGACUCCCACCGCCUCUGGACUUAAGUCUAGUCCCGGAGUUGGCGACUAAGCUGCAAAACAUUCCUGUUCUACCAUGCUUCUCUCUUAUGCUAGCUUUCAAGGAGCCGUUGUCCUCGAUACCAGUAAAGGGCUUAUCUUUCAAGAAUUCAGAGAUUUUGAGCUGGGCUCACUGUGAAAGCACCAAGCCGGGACGGUCUACUGAUAGUGAAAGGUGGAUACUGCAUUCUACUCCAGACUAUGCCAACAGUGUUAUUGCUAAGACCGGCCUCCAAAAGCUAUCGAGUGAAACACUAAACAAAAUAUCUGAAGAGAUGUUCAAAGAGUUUCAGUGCUCAGGCCUUGUUAGUUCUCUCCCCUUUUUCAUGAAAGCCCACAGAUGGUAA